AUGUCCCUGUAUUUCAAGAGGAAAAAAAGUGAUUCAUAUCUGUGGAAGAUUCCUGUUCUUCUGUCAUGUAGUCAAAGUAUCUGUAAAGAGUGUCUUCAGCAGUUCUGGAAAACCAAGAAAGUCCAGCAGUGUCCUGUCUGCAGGAGAAGAUCCUCAAGACAUGAACCUCCGUGUAAUCUGGCGUUAAAGAACUUAUGUGAGUCAUUGACAGCAGAAAGUGCUUCGAGGUCUGAGGAGGUCUGCAGUCUCCACAAUGAGAAACUCAAACUCUUCUGCUUGAAUGAUAAACAACCUGUGUGUGUUGUGUGCAGAGAUUCAGAAAAACAUGUCAAUCACAAAUUCCGCCCUAUUACAGAAUUUUACACAUUUCAAUGUUGCUUAUACUUGGAGAAGCUCAAAACAGCAAUGAAGACCUUACAAGAGAAACUUGCAUACACAAAAGAAAUUAAAGUAGAAUGUGAUACAAUUAAUCAGAUCAAGACUCAGGCUGAGCACACAGAGCGGCAGAUUAAAAAGGAGUUUAAGAAGCUUCGUCAGUUUCUGCGAGAUGAUGAAGACGCUUCAAUCACUGCACUGAGGAAAGAGGAAGAGCAGAAGAGUCAGAUGAUGAAGGAGAAGCUUGAGGAGAUGAACAGACAGAUCUCAGCUCUAUCAGACACAAUAAAAGACACAGAGGAGAAGAUGAACACUAUAGUAGCAUGUCUUUCUAAAUGUGAGAACUGA